GCAAAUGCCAAUUUAGUAUACCAACCAACGGGAAUAUGGGUUUCGUCAUUAAGGAGUUUCCUCCCUGGACCCCACCACGCGUUUCCUAACCUGACUCCCGGGAAAGAUCCAACAAGCUCGUUUUUUUAAUGCUGCUCUUCCUCUCCAAGGAGUUAGCGGAGCUGCAAUGGCGACAGUGGGAGUACAGGGGGUUUAUUUCCUCUGAAGUAGCGAGGAUAAAGAAGGCUUCAGUAUAUUUGUAGCAGACACCGGUAAAGUGUUAACCUACAAGUGCGGUGUUGAGUGAUUUUGUGAACAAGUCACGAUCUUACUAUCUGACACGGUGGGCUGGAGGGACCCAGCGGAUGCCUUUUGUUUGAGGUGUCUGGGUUUAAACAACAGAGUAAACAGACCCACGUUGGGCCAGCAGGCUCACCAAGGGGGUGUUAUGGGGACGGAUGCUUGGUGCAUGGUUGCUCCCUAUCUGCAUUAGCGAUUUAUCUGAGGAACAAAAUGCAACAAUUAUAAGUCUGUUAUUGACUGAAAACAUUUAUAUUUAUUAUUGCAUUUAGUUUAUGAUAAAAUCAUUGUCCAAUUUAUGUUCAAACUCAAUAGUCAGUCAACCAUACAUGAAAGCUGAUGAAUACAGUGAAAUAAAACAACGUUACUGCACACCAAGCUGCCUUGUUGGAAACUGCCUAUCCAAGAUUUCACAAGGUCAGGCUCAUUGUCUGAGUAGUAUUAUCUAGCCAUCGUAUCUCUGGUGUCCUCCCCUUCCUUUACCUUCUGUUUUACCAACAUGGAAUACUGUUUUCUCUUGAUGUGGCCAAUUUAUCUGAGUUUCUCAUAGGGCACAGCAGAUGUCCAGGUAUCUCCAUUUCCUUAUGGAUUUGCUGUAGUUUAUUAUGGUCCACACUGUUGAGGGCUUUAGAGUAGUCAAUAAAACACAGAUAAAUACUUUUCUGGAAGUCUCUCAAUUUCCCCAUUAUCCAGCGUAGGUUAGCAAUUUGCUCUCUGGUGCCUCUGCCUCUUCUAAAACCAGCUUGUACAUCUGGCAGUUCGGGUUCCAUAUAUUGCUGGAGUAUUGCUUGCACAAUCUUUAGAAUUAUCUUUCUAGCUUGUGAAAAUGUUCAGUAAUUUGAACAAUCCUUUACAGUUCCCUUCUUGGGUAUGGGGAUAAAAACACAUCUUAAUCCAGCUUAAAGGUCAUUGUUGUUUCUAAUUUUUUCCCAGAUCUUCUGGAAAAUUGUAUGCAACACAUUUACAGCAUCAUCUUUUAGAGUUUUAAACAAUUCAACCGGAGUCCUGUCACAUCCUGCAGCCUUAUUAUUGGCAAUGAUUUCUAUGGCCCAUUCGACUUCGCUUUCCAGAAUGCCUGGCUCCAGAUCGAUGAGGGAGUCAUUGCAGGUGUCUUCGCUGUUGGAUCUUUCUGCAAUUCUUCUGAGUGUUCCUGCCAACUCCCUUUGAUGUCCUUUGCUUCUGUGAGGUCCUUCCCUUCUUUGUCUUUUCCUAUGCUCAUUUUACAUGAAAUGUUCCUUUGAUCUCCCUAACAUUUAGCAAAAGUUCUCUUGUGUUUCUUUUUCCAAUUCUGUUGGCUUCUUCAGCUUCAGUGCAUCGCUCCUUUAAGAAAGUUUCCUUAUAUUUCCUUGUUAUCAUCUUGAACUCUGUGUUCAGUUGGAGGUCUUUGUUUCAAUCUCCAUUUGCUCCCUGAAAUGUAGGAGAGUGAGCAGUGACCUUACAAAUAUGGUUUAUAUUAUGAAGGGCAGAGUAACUGACUCACUCCUUUAUUUGUGUAAUUCAGGUCACUGCCAGCAGGUGGAGCUUUCUGCCACCCAGGCGGCAGACAAGAAGACGACAAUCAACCAACCUCAGUCAGACUCAGAAUGGACACAGAUCUGAACUCCGCCAUCUCUGCCUUCCUGUCAAAUUGUGAGGAUCACCAACUGUUCCAGUUGACGAGUUUCUACAUGGAGCGACUGGAGCAGGCGAUUGAGCAGGGUGUGGAGGGAAUCGGUUUCAUGCUAACUCAUGAUCAUCAUUUCAAUGAGCGAGAGUAUCACAGCGUGGCUGAGCUCGCGGAGAAGGGAAACCGACCGGGCGCUUCCAAACAACUCCUGGAUCUGGUGAUGGAGAAGGGCUCCGGGGCCCGGAGAGUGAUGUGGGAAUCCUAUGUGAAACUACAUCACCAUUUACCGAAGCUGAGCAGAAUAUUGGAUGAAAUACGGGAACGAGGUAACGGCCAGUUCGCCUACAUGGAAACUGAGCGGGGUUUCUCUGAAGUGCCCAAGCAUCUGAAAGAUGUUCGAAGGAAACACAUGGAGACUUUGCGGGCACAAACUGAAACACUGAGAGUGAACACGAUCCUGAUGAGGGAGAAGGUGAAAGUUUUCCAGCUGGUUGAUCGAUACGCUGAGCUCACGGUCAUUUCGACUGUUCGAGAUUGGACACUGGUGGAGCAUGAGCUGCUGGCAAGAGGCAGAGACCACGAGGAGUGGAGAGAAAAAGAUCUCCGUUGUAAGCUGGAAAAAAUCCGGACUGAUCAGUUAUUCAAGAAGAGCUUUGUUCAAAAAUUGAAAAGAUCUAUCUUUAGAAACAAAUCAGGGAUGUCCGCAGCAGUAGCCGGAGUCCCAGGGAUCGGGAAAACAACAAUGGCACAAAAGAUUGUUUACGACUGGGCCGAGAGGAAGAUAUACCAACAAUUCCAGUUUGUCUUCAGUUUCAAAUUCCGGGAUUUAAACACCAUUAACUGCAGAAUAAACCUGAAGGAACUGAUUCUGCAUCAUUAUCCCUACUUUGGGAAUAUCCUGAGAGAGGUCUGGAAACACACAGAGGGACUGCUGUUCAUAUUCGACGGAUUGGAUGAAUUCAAGGACAAAAUCAACUUUGUUGAUGGUCGGAGAGACACAGAAUCACAGUACACAGAUCCUGAAUUCAAGUGCAAGGUGUCUGACAUUGUGUACAGUUUAAUUCAGGGCAAGCUGCUCCCAGGGUGUUCAGUGCUGGUGACCACCCGCCCCACUGCGUUACAUUUAUUGGAAAAGGCGGAUAUCUGUGUCUGGGCUGAAAUCCUGGGAUUUGUUGGUGAGGAACGGAAGGAAUAUUUCAUCAGGUAUUUUGAAGAUCAGACGGUGGCGGAAGCUGUUUUCAAACAUGUGAAGGAGAAUGAGAUCCUGUACACCAUGAGCUACAACCCCUCCUACUGCUGGAUCCUCGCUCUGGCACUGGGCCCCUUCUUCACACAAAGAGUCAGGGACCCGCAGCGAGUUCCCAAGACCAUCACCCAACUGUACUCCUACUAUAUUUACCACAUCCUGAAAAACCAUGGCCGUGAGAUUGAGAACCCCCGUGAUGUGUUACUCAGGGUUGGUCAGAUGGCCUGCAGAGGAGUGUCCGAGAAGAAGAUUGUGUUUACACAUGGAGAUUUGAUCAAGUACAAUCUGCAGCCUUCCCAGUUCCUGUCCGGGUUCCUGAUGGAGCUUUUGGAGAGAGAGGAUUCUGCCCAGAGCGUGGUGUACACAUUCCCACACCUCACUAUCCAAGAGUUUGUAGCUGCAGUCGCACAAUUCCUGAAUCCACAUCCCGGGGAUAUCCUGAAAUUCCUCACUGAAGCUCACAACACGACAGAUGGGCGAUUUGAGGUAUUUCUCCGUUUUGUUGCUGGGCUCUCCAACCCAAUGACAGCUCGGGGUCUGGAGGAGUUUCUGGGUCCAUUUCCCAAUGAAACAACCUGCCGGGUGAUUGACUGGGUGAAGGAGGAGGUUAAACGCCGGAGUAGAAACACAGCGAGCGAAGCUGGUAAAAGGAGCCUCCUGAACACAUUGCACUACCUGUUUGAGUCUCAGAAUCGUGGACUGGCUCAGGCCACACUCGGAUCUGUGGAAAGGUUUUCACUCAGUGGAAUGACACUGACCCCGAUUGACUGCGCGGUCCUGUCUCAUGUCAUCGGACUCUGUGAUACAAUAAAACAGCUCGACCUGGAGAACUGCCACAUUCAGUAUGAGGGAAUACAGCGGCUGGGACCAGGGCUGCACAAGUGCCAGGAGUUGAGACUUGGGCAGAAUGAACUGGGAGAUUCAGGAUUGAAACUGGUGUCUGCGGCUCUGAGGAACCCGGAGAGUAAAAUACAGGAACUGGGGUAAGUACCAGACUGUGGGAGAUUGUGUUUACAGUCACUGGGUGUCUGACACUGGACAUUAAUGUGAUCAGCAGAAACAUAGAAAACAUACAGGACAAUACAGGCCCUUCGGCCCACAAAGCUGUGCUGAACAUGUUUCUACCUUAGAAUUACCUCGGUUUUACCCAUAGCACUCUAAACUUCUAAGCUCCAUGUAGCCAUGCUGGAGUUUAAAGUUUUCGCCUCCAGCAACCCAUUCUUAAAACUAUGCCCUCUCGUGCUAGCCAUUUCAGCCCUGGGGAGAAGACUCUGACGAAUCACACGAUCAAUGCCUCUCAUUAUCUUGUACACCUCUAUCAAAUCACCUCUCAUCCUCCGUCUCUCCAAGAGAAAAGGCCGAGAUCACUCAACCUGUUCUCAUAAGGCAUGCUCCCUAAUCCAGGCAACAUCCUUGUAAAUCUCCUCUGCACCCUGUCUAUGGAUUCCACAUUUCACAUCCUCCUCCUCGGAGAUUGCUACCCAUUCCUCUUCUACCUGUGGAAUCUUUCUUCCACAUACCCUUCCUCCUGUGGGAUCUCUCUUCCCACUCGCCCUUCCUCCUGUGGGAUCUCUCUUCCCCAUCCCCCUUCCUACUGAGGGAUCUCUCUUCCCGAUCCACUUCCUCCUGUGGGAUCUCUCCUCCCCAUCCCCUUCCACCUGUGGGAUCUCUCUUCCAAAACCCCAUUCCUCCUGUGGGAUCUGUCUUCCCAAUCCCCCUUCCUCCUCUGGGAUCUCUCUUCCCCAUCCCCCUUCCUCCUGUGGGAUCUCUCUUCCCAAUCUCCCUUCCCCAUGUGGGAACUCUCUUCCCCAUCCCCCUUCCUCCUGUGGGAUCUCUUCUCAAACCCCCUUCCUCCUGUGCGAGCUCUCCUCCCCAUUCGCCUUCGUCCUGUGCGAUCUCUCCUCCCGAUCCCCCUUCCUCCUGUGCGAUCUCUCCUCCCCAUCCCCCUUCCUCAUGUGCGAUCUCUCUUCCCCAUCCCCCUUCCGCCUGUGGGAUCUCUUCUCCCCAUCCCCCUCCUCCAGACGGAACUCUCUUCCCCAUCCCCUUCCUACUGAGGGAUCUCACUUCCCCAUCCCCUUCCUCCUGUGCGAUCUCUCCUCCCCAUCCCCUUCCUCCUCUGGGAUCUCUCUUCCCCAACCCCAUUCCUCCCGUGGGAUCUCUCUUCCCAAUCCCCCUUUCUCCUUUGGAAUCUCUCUUCCCCAUCCCCCUUACUCCUGUGGGAUCUCUCUUCCCAAUCCCCCUUCCUCCUGUGGGAUCUCUCUUCCCCGUACCCCUUCUUCCUGUGGGAUCUCACCUCCCCAUCCCCCUUCAUCCUGUGGGAUCUCUCCUCCCCAUCCCCCUUCCCCAUAUGGGAACUCUCUUCCCCAGCCCCCUUCCUCCUGUGGGACCUCUCCUCCCCAUCCCAUUUCCUCCUGUGGGAUCCCUCUUCCCCAUACCCCUUCGUCCUGUGCGAUCUCUCCUCCCCAUCCACCUUCGUCCUGUGCGAUCUCUCCUCCCCAUCCCCCUUCCGCCUGUGGAAUCUCUUCUCCCCACCCCACUCCUCCUGACGGAUCACUCUUCCCCAUCCCCUUCCUACUGAGGGAUCACUCUUCCCCAUCCCCUUCCUACUGAGGGAUCUCUCCUCCCCAUUCCCUUCCUCCUGUGGGAUCUCUCUUCCCCAACCACUUCCUCCUGUGGGAUAUCUCUUCCCAAUCCCCCUUCCUCCUUUGGGAUCUCUCUUCCCCAUCCCCCUUCCUCCUGUGGGAUCUCUCUUCCCAAUCCCCCUUCCUCCUGUGGGAUCUCUCUUCCCCAUCCCCCUUCCUCCUGUGGGAACUCUCUCUUCCCAAUCCCCCUGUGGGAUCUCUCUUCCCAAUCCCCCUUCCUCCUGUGGGAUCUCUCUUCCCAAUCCCCCUUCCUCCUGUGGGAUCUCCCCUCCCCGUCCCCCUUCCUCCUGUGGGACCUCCCCUCCCCGUCCCCAUUCCUCCUGUGGGAUCUCUUCCCCGUCCACCUUCCUCCUGUGGGUUCUCCCCUCCCCGUCCACCUUCCUCCUGUGGGAUCACUCCUCCCAGUCCACCUUCCUCCUGUGGGAUCUCUCCUCCCCGUCCCCCUUCCUCCUGUGGGGACUCUCGGCCCCGUCCCCCUUCCUCCUGUGGGAUCUCCCCUCCCCGUCCCCCUUCCUCCUGUGGGAUCUGCCCUCCCCGUCCCCCUUCCUCCUGUGGGGUCUCUCCUUCCCGUCCCCCUUCCUCCUGUGGGAUCUGCCCUCCCCGUCCCACUUCCUCCUGUGGGGACUCUCCUCCCUGUCCCCCUUCCUCCUGUGGGAUCUCU